GUUGAGGCGGCGGUUUACUUAGUGUCUGGAGAGAAUAUCUGGAAUUGCAUUACUAUGCCUGAUCUAUUGACAGGCCAAAUAUACAGACUAGGGACCCCUCCUCCUCCUCGCAUCUUUCCCAUACGUUGGCCAAACAAAGUCUUCGCGUUUCUCCUCCUACUGAACUGAAUGUUCACUUCUUCUACGGCUAAACGCUGAGGCUAGUCUAAACUGAACGAGAUAAACUUCAGCUUCCAGCAUACGCUUCAUACCCUCGUCGGUAGGGCUUCCAAUUCCAAGCUAUUGGAGGCACUGGAGCACUAAGUAAGUAUGAUUUUGAAAAUUUUCUAUGGUAAGACAAAACAGCGCAUUUGGCCGUCGCUUAUUUAACCCUUAAUCCCGCCAUGUGACAAGCAGAAUUAAUCCGCUCGGGUCUGUCCGUACGUCAAUAUAGCGGUGUUUGUGAAGCAUUAGGUGCUCGAUUGAGCUACACUCCAGUUGACAAACAGCGAGCGGAAUUGAAGCUGGAGCAGUAUUGUCUAAUACGUUGAUCCCCACGAACUUCGAACGCGUAGGCAAAGCUGAGCGCGAUAUAUCAAAGAGCUGUCCAACAUCGACUAACAGUCUCCUCCUAUUCAGUGGUUGCCCUGCACUUUGGUUGAAGCGUUGGGCGAAUGAAAAUCGUACAUGUAUGUACAUGUACUGUACAUAUUGUCCAUAGACCAUAAGGCAACCAGGCAACCAGCAAGUCAGCAGCCGUGGCGCUGCAGGUAUGUUAGGAGUGGAAAUGCACCAAUAGGAGAACAAUUUGCCAUCCACUGAAAUAGAUGAUAAGUGUAGCCUAAUCCGUAUCACGCCACAGGAGAGCGGAAACUUGACGUAAAGACUCCUUGCGCAUGCGCCAAAUCCGUGCGGCUGGCUUGAGUCUGCAUUCUCGCCAAGAUGGACGGUUCUAUAGGGAUGCUGCUGGAGAACAAUGCACGGUUUCAUAAUUGUAUGCGGCAGGCUGAGCGAGCAAAUCGCGAAUGGCAGGAUCCUGCCUGUCCAGUUCCAUGGAGCGGAUACUAGGACGGCUGAGCAAAUUAGAAAGUUUCAUCAUUUGUCUAGGGAGUGCGCGGCAGCAUGAGAAAGAAGUGUUAAGGAAUCGCGGGAAAGAUACUCUGUAUAUGUCGGUGGGACGACGAGAUGUUAGGGAUGGGAUGUGAACCGCCCCCAGAAGUUUGCCUUGUUUGCAGGAGAGCUGGCUGCUUGAGCGACCAAAGAGCGCCAGUUUGUUCCAAGGCUGGUAUUGAGAUUCUCCACAAGCAGCCGACAGAAAGAAAGAAAUCGCAGCGCUGGAAAGGUUCCUUUAUUCGUUUUCCAUUUUGUUUAAGCCGGCGAGGGAAAGGCAGCCAUAAAAGAAGCAGUGCAGCUAGAACGCGAGACUGCGUCAACCUCCGCUCAAACUAUCCCAUACCAUUCUACGGCUUAUAUUACUUACUCCCUAUAACUAAAACGGAAGCAUAUGGCAUGACCUCUUUAAGAAGCUUACAUAUAUAUAUAUCUCUCUCUCUGGCACCCGUUCUCCAGAAACACUAAUAUCCCCACCAUCACUCUGAAUUAUGCCCCAUUACAUCCGAUUUCUCAAGACCCCCAGAAUAGUGGCGUCUUCUCAUAGACAGUGCUUUGUGGAAGCAUUGAUCACCAUCACGACAGACUUGGGGGACACAUUCCUUGCAGAAGACGCUGAGCUUCUUUCCAUCUUGCAGUUUACCAACAAUGAUAACGAGCUAACAACUUCAUUCGACGAGACAUUCACGUGGAAUGCGGGGAAUCGAGAGUUGAAGAUCGUUUUCGGGCCAUGCCAGAUCUCUGAUACGAAUCAAGCUGCGAGACUCAGUGUGAGGGACGCCAACGCUGGUCUUGUCGACCGUUUGGAACCUUCCAAGGCUCCCAGCAUUGUUACUGCCUGGAGUGCUGAGUUUGGGGGAAAUUAUGGUCCGCAGGCGGAAAAAUUAGUUGAGAGAUGUUUUAAGCUGGAAAUUGGACCGCAGUUGAGGGCGUGGGAAGAGACGGGCAAUAGUAUUGCCCGGCAUAUAUGGGACGCUGCGUUGGGAUGUGUGAUGGAAAUUCAGAAUGCAUAUAUGCGCCUAGGAGGAUCUAUUCCCACACUGCAAAGACUAUUCUAUGAGCGAAAGGGCGCACCACUUCGCGUCAUCGAGCUAGGUACGGGAUGCGGGAUUGUCGGAAUCGCAAUAGCCCAGAUAGUUCCUCAGUGCUCAGUACUGCUCACCGACCUUGAAGAGGUGCGGGAUAUCAUCAGCCGCAAUUUGGAGUUUGCCACUCCUGCUAGAUUGUCCAGUGCUCGAUUCCAGGUGCUUGACUGGGAUGAAGCUGUGCCGGAAGAAAUUGCUCAACAUGGUUAUGAUCUGAUUGUUGUUUCGGAUUGCACUUAUAAUGCAGACAGCCUCCCAGCCCUGGUUCAAAUGCUUACAGCGCUGGUGCAAAUUUCUCCUAGUGCUAUUGUGCUGGUGGCCUUAAAAAGGCGGCACGAUAGUGAGGAAGUGUUCUUUGAUUUUAUAAAGAACGCAGGAUUUGAAAUCGAUAGCCGUGCCGUUGCCCCGCUGCCCACCCUUGGUUCAGAAAAUGAGUCAGUCGAUAUCGAACUAUAUGCGUUUCGCAAAAAUUCCCCGGCAGAUAGUUGAUGAUGUGAGAGUGGUGUUCUCGCUUUGCAGCGGACAAAAAAGACACGAAUUUGAGAUUACAGCAUACGAUGAUAAUAACGAUUAAGCCUGUCCGGCUAUUCUUUUAACAGACCAAAAAAAAUCCCUCAUAUAUACAGUGGAGGUCUAUCCCUUGUUUGUUUAUCGACCGCUGGAAUUGCGAUAGCUGGGGCCACGACGACUGCAGGGAGAGAUGGCCAGAACACACAGCUAGAGAUAAGGAGGUCUGCGAGGAACCCCCGCCAGAACAUGGAACAUCGGCUGCUGGUGCAGCUCACCGCUCCGUUCUCGUUCUUGUAGCUUACAUAAAUAAUGGAUUAACGGAGGCCACGGGGACUCUGAAGAGGCAAAGGGGAGAGUACUUUUCUUUUCUUUUCUUUU